UAGUCUUCUCUCAGUCGUUCAACGAUGAGGUUUUAUUUCUUGUUCGAAUAAAAUAAUUAUUACAAGAGAUCAUGAUAUGUAAUAUUUCACAAUAAUAUAUUACAUAUAUUUUAAAAAUAUGUUCAAAAAUGGAGGAAACUAUUGCACUAAUUAAAUCUUGUUUAAUUUCCAAAAAAGGCGGCAUACCAAUUAAAUCUUUGAAUCAUGAAUUCGAAAAGAUCGUUGGAGAACCAAUUCCUUAUACAAGAUUAGGAUUUCCUAGUUUGCAAAGUUUAUUAAAAAAAGUAGACGGAUUGAAGACUAUAAAAAAGUUAGAUGGGGAAGAAACGUUAAUUGUAAACGAUCCCAAAAUUAAACACAUUGUGGACUUAAUAAAGAAACAAAAGGAAGAUUACAAGGGAACUAACUCAAAGUAUUACAAACGAUUUGCACAUUAUCCUUCAAGUUACUAUAAUAACAUUAAUCGUAAUCAUGAUAAUACGAGUAAAGACGAUCAAUAUGAAGAUAGAAACAAAGUUUGGUUCAAUGAUAAUAUAAAAUACUAUAAACGACGGAAUGGAAAUCAGACUUUUAAUCAAACUUCUAAUUUGGAGAGUACAAAAAAUAAUAAAUGUUUGUCCUAUGAAGUAUAUGAUAAUGAACACAACAAUAUCAUAGUCAUCGAAAAGUGUACUUCAAGGAUAGAGAGAACUGUUUACGAGCCGAUUAUUCUCCGUCAUCAGCUUAUAGGAGACGAUUUUUUCCUUCAACUCGUCAUACGAAAUCUUGGCCUACCAGUAUGGCGUCAAAGAGGAGAUAUGGCUCUUCGUUGCGGUUUGUGUAUAUCGGGACAAACGAUAAAUGAUUGCGUCAAAAAGUUGAACGACGUGGAAUGUAUUUCCAAUCAAAUUGUUAUAAUGUUGGGAGCUGUUGAUAUUUAUAACGGUGCUUCUUUCGAUGAUUUAAUCAAGAGUAUGGAAUAUUUGUUGAAAAUAUUAAGAUAUAAAUUUGCCUUCUCGAAUUCAGCGAUAAAAAUUUGCACGAUUCCACCAUUGGCAAACUUAUCCUUGCAUGGACACGUUGACAAGGCGAGAGCUCUUUAUUCUUUCAACAAUUGGAUCCGCGGUUUAAAUCACGAAGCAGACAGCAAUUCUGAAAAUUGUGUCAAAAAAAAUUCUUAUUGGAUAAUAGAUUUUUUCGAAGGUUUCACAGAUGAAACGUAUACCACGCAAUACGAAUGGUUUCAAUUAAAUGCGCGUAUGGUUUCCGGUUGUAAGCAUCCUUACGUUCUUUGGAACAAAUACGGACGAAAGCGUGCGAUGGAAAUAUUAACUGGUGAACUGUGAGUUUCUCUCCUCGUUAUUUAUUUAUUUAUUGAUGUGUUUAAAAUUGAUGUCAAUUUCAAUUUGUUCUAUACAUAUAAGAUCAUCUGUCAAAGUUUCGACUGUCUCGACGUCCUUAUCCAUUGCGUUUGUAAUGGAUCGCUUUUUAAGGAUCAUCAGACGCUCGAAACGUCAGUGAUCGAUACGAUCAUGAAUGUGUUGUUUUAUAUGUGAAUUAAUCUGUCUCCUCUCUCUUUAUUCCUAUUUUAUAUAUUACUAAUAUUUAUUAUUAUUAUUAUUAUUAUUAUUAAAAUUGGAUGUGAAAGUAUUUAUGAAUGAGAUAUGAUAGAUGAACAAGAAUGGCCAUUUUCAUCGGAUUUAUUGCACAAUGCGGUUUGAAAAUCUAAAACAUCUCACAGAUUAAAUAAAAAUUUAUUUUUGAUAAUUUCAAAGUUCAUCGUAAGUUCGAAUAACGAACAAUGUAACAUGGGAUGUAUCAAUUUUAUAUUAACAAAGUUGAUAUGCCAAUGACAUUAAGAAAUUUAAAAAGUUUGCGACAUUCUUAUAAGACUGAUACACUCAUAAAAAUGUACUAAUUCUUUAAAUUUUUUAAUCCAUUGACUCUCAUGUACAUCGUUCGUAAAAUAUUCGUAAGAAUUUUCUAUUGUUAAAAAGGAUAUUUAAACGAUUCAGAUCGUGCAUAUUAAUACCGAUUUAGAAUUAGAACUUUCAAUUUUUUGGCAUGUUCUCCGUUAUUCGUUUCAUGAAAAUAAAAUUCCUAGUGUAUAUAAAAUUAGACAUUUAGGUUUUUUAAAGGCAAAUUUUAGUAUUAUUAAUUAUAGGCAAAUGGUAUAUGUAAGAUAUGAAAAAAUAUAUGGUAGUUAUGCAUAGAUUUUAUAUAGAUAAGUUGUUUAUGUAUGUAUAUUAUAAAAGUUAGAAUUUUUCAAGAAAAAAUAUUUAUUAGUGGAACGAAGAAAAUCAAGGCACUUUUUUCAUUCCGUUUUAUUAUUAAUAAGUAAGAUUAUCGUACUGAGGGUAUUUCUAAUGUUUUUCCAAUUUGAAUAUUUAUAGUAAUACUUUUAAUUGUACUAUUAUAAAUACUGUA